UGAAUGACCAUCAUGACUUCGCACUUUCAGACCACGACAAAACUGAUUUGGUUCGCUCUAACUGCGUCAUUUACGAAUUUUCUUCGCUAUGGCUAACUCUCAAGACGUCGAUUUGAUGGGCGUUGGCAAGCAUUGUUCUCUCGAUUUUUGUCGAAGGCUUGAUAUGUUGCCUUUUGUGUGCCAAAAAUGUCAUCAAGUGUUCUGCUCUGAACAUAGGAAACGGGUUGAUCAUCAUUGCCCAGUUCAGGAUGAGGAUGAUGCUCAUGUACCGAUAUGUCCGUUGUGCAACCAACUAGUGAUAAAGAAUAAGCACGAAGAUGUUAAUGAUCAGAUGGAGCGUCAUAUCAUAAGUGGAUGUAAGGAUCUGCUUGUUCGUAAGAAACCAGUUCAUCGUUGUGCAGAAAGGCGCUGCAAAGCAAUACAGCCAAUUCCAUUUGUCUGCACAAAAUGUGGCAAGCAGUAUUGUGUCAGGCAUAGACACUACAGUGAUCAUUCAUGUGUUAAGAUGGUGGAGGGUGUAGCAUAGUAGAGCUCAGAUUGAACAAAAACUGCUUUAUUGUAAUAGAAUUCGAUGAUGUUUUGAUAGUAAAUUUUCAUUAGUGAUGUAGAUGGUACAUUUAGAUAUAGCAAUAUUGCUUGAUUCGUAUGCUGACAAUUUCUACACUAAAUGCAUUUGCUGAGGCUCUGCAAUGUGAAAUACGAUGGUCACAUUUGUAUGACAUACACAUUGUGUAUUCACGACAUGUUGACUUUGAA